AUGGGUGCACUCACACUUCUUCCUGUUGAACUCUUGGACCUAAUUCUCUCCUACCUGCCUAACCGGGACAUCAAGAGCCUACGACUGACAUGCUUAACGCUAAGUCGAUUAGCGCAACUGCGUCUCAACAGGGUAUUUCUAUCUGCAAAUCCGCUUAACAUCAAAGUGUUGCGCGAGAUUGCAGAUCACGAGACAUUUCGGCACAACGUUGUUGAGAUCAUCUGGGAUGAUGCUCGCCUUAUUGAACAUGCCCCGGAACGCGUACUAGAACUCUUGGACGGUGAAAAUUGGGCCCAGUGGGGAGAUGAUCCAAACUCCUAUGAGGGGAUUCCUUGGUGGUUCGAGGAAUCAUAUGAAGAAAAUGUGAAAAAUCGCAGGUCGCAGGAGACAUUCCAGGAAGCAGAUCCAUCGAUUCAUGUUUCCUGGGAGUUUUAUCAGCAGCUAAUACAACAGCAGAAAACCGUGCUAGAGUCUGAUGAUGAUGUCAAGGCUUUUAGGUAUGGUUUACAGCGUUUCCCAAGGUUGAGGCGGGUAACGGUCACUCCUAUAGCUCAUGGAGUUCUUGACAUGCCACUAUAUGAGACACCAAUGAUUCGAUCCUUCCCCCCCAAAUUUAACUACCCAAUUUCGUACACAUGGCCGCCCUAUGAAUCAAAUUCACAGAGUUCUUAUACCCUGCAGCCUUGGACCCAGGAGAAAAUGAAGUGGCGUGGCUUCUGUGUUGUAAUUGAUGAACUUUCGAAGAUAUCUAAUAAUGUUUCGGAGUUUGUUAUUGAUACACACACCCUUCAUCUGACCGGACUAAGUUGCCGCGUCUUUGAUCAACCGUGUGAGGAGUAUACCAACUUGGUUUCAUUACUCCCUGGUUUCAGUCAUAUUGACCUGACCCUCUCAGCGGAUGGACAAUCAUCUAGAGCACACAGGUGGUCAUCAUUUCGCAGUGGGCUUCUUAAAAGUGCCUUAAGUGCGGCGUCGGAUCUCAAGCACUUCAGUUUGCAGAUCAAUGUUAACCAUGAAAAAUCUCGACACUUUAACAUGCCUGCAGACCAUCCCUUUGACCCCGAGCACUUUAUCCCUCUAGACACGAUCUUACCCAAAAUCAGUGAGAAAUGGAAGAAGCUGCAACAUUUUGGCCUUUCGGGAUUUCUCGUGCGAGGCGAUGAUCUACUCAGCGUACUAGCAGACCUACCGGCCUCUGUACGGUCUGUUGAACUGAGUCACUUGGAUUUCAUGGAUCGAGACCCGAAUGCUUAUCGCGAUUUGCUCGUGAACAUCCGCGACAAACUAGGCUGGGGCCAGCGCGCAGAGCAUGAAAGACCGGUAUUAACUGUGCAUCAUAAAUGGAACGACAUUUACAAUAUGCAUUAUUACUGCUAUGACAAGGCCGUAAAUGAUUUUGUUUACCAUGGUGGAUUGGAUCCUUUCCGAAGGCGAACCAUGGGCGACCAAGGCUUGUACCGUCUGAUAAAUCCGUUUCGAGCUUAUUAUGGGUCUGAAGCAACCUCAGAUACUUCCAUGCCACUAGAGAUUCUUGAGUAG